AUAUGCCCUGUCCGGGAAUCAAACUGUGACCUCCUGGUUCAUAGAUCGACGCUCAACCACAGAGCCACACUGGCUGGGCUUGUCUUCAUUCUGAAGGCAUGUAAAGUUGACGUCAUGUAAACAGGUAAAUGACACAGACACAUUUCCAGUGCCGGCGGGGGUGGGGGGGGAUGUACACUUACAUGGAAGCUCUGGAAGUUCAUCAAUUACAUGGGUGCUUUGUCUCUUCCAGGUGGCUUCUGAAGUAUGUCUGCCAACAAUAGUUCCUGCACACCUAUACUGACAUCCUGCUUAACCGGGAUCUACGGCGCAGUGCUCAUCGGCGGGCUGGUGGGCGUCAUCUCCAUUUUGUUCCUCCUCGUGAAGAUGAACACCCGGUCAGUGACCACCACAGCGGUCGUGAACCUGGUGGUGGUCCACAGUGUCUUCCUGCUGACCGUGCCUUUCCGCCUGACCUACCUCAUCAAGCAGAAGUGGACAUUUGGGUUGCCCUUCUGCAAAUUCGUGAGCGCCAUGCUGCACAUCCACAUGUACCUCACGUUCCUGUUCUACCUGGUGAUCCUGGUCAUCAGGUACCUCAUCUUCUUCAAGCGCAAGGACAAGGUGGAGUUCUACAGGAAACUGCAUGCGGUGGCUGCCAGCGCUGGCCUGUGGCUGCUGGUGAUUGUCAUUAUGGUGCCCCUGAUUGCUUCACAGUACGGAAGUCUUGACGUGUAUGAUACGGACAACUGUUUUAACUUCCACAAAGAGCUUGCUUGGGCGUAUGUGCGAGUCAUCAACUAUUUGAUCGUUGCUGUUGUCAUAGCCAUUGCGCUGAUUCUCUUGGUCUUCCAGAUCUUCAUCAUUAUGUCGAUGGUGCGGAAGCUGCGUCACUCCUUACUGUCCCACCAGGAGUUCUGGGCCCAGUUGAAAAACCUGUUCUUUAUAGGAGUCAUCAUGGUUUGCUUCCUUCCCUACCAGUUGUUUAGGAUCUAUUACUUGUACACUGUGGCGCUCUCAAGUGACUGCAACAGCGAUAUUGCAUAUUAUAAUGAAAUCUUCUUGAGUGUAACGGCAAUUAGCUGCUUUGACUUGCUGCUCUUUGUUCUUGGGGGAAGCCAUUGGUUUAAGCAAAAGAUAAUUGACCUAUGGAAUUACCUCUUUUGCCAUUAACCACACAAUACAGUGUUCAGGUUUCCUUCCUUUACAUCAGGAGUGAAAAAGAGUAGAGGGAGGUAGGAAGGAUAUUUUAUGACUUCAUGAAGACCAUGCCUUGUGGCAGCCAAAUGAAAGGACUUAUUCAUCCCAGUCCUUAUUUAGUCCCUGCCAUCUCUAAAGGACGCGCCCAUGCUGAGACUCCUGGUGUUCUGUCCACCUGCAGUUGCAACACGGCGUUGUUUU